UCAAUCGGCUAUCACGCGUCUAUCAGGGCGCUAUGCCCCGUCCCCUCGCCCUCGCGGGCGCGGCCGUCGCCGUCCCCACCACCAUGCACCUCGCAAAAAGCAACAGCUCCUGGUGCUGCCCCGGUGGGCGAGUGAUUGAUUGGUCGCUACCUGAUGGAUCACGGCGUCACUGCCAAGUAGAUAGAUCGAUAAUUACUUGAGUGUGUGAGAGAGAGAGAGUGGGCGCGCGCGAGGAAGAAGUUAGGUUAGAAGGACUCUCCAAAAGCGCCGCUUGAGUAAAAAAGAUCUCGCCCCAAGGGGUACGACGACUACGAUCACACAAUAUAAGCAUCUCUCUGCUGCUCAAAGCAACCCAGGCCGGACUCCCGAGGGAGCUUUUUUAGAGCAAGAGAGGACGGAGAGGUAGAGAGAGAAGGGGGACGGAACAAGCAGCUAGCUAGCAGGGAAGAUGGGUCGCGGCAAGGUGGAGCUGAAGCGGAUCGAGAACAAGAUCAGCCGGCAGGUGACGUUCGCCAAGCGCAGGAACGGGCUGCUCAAGAAGGCGUACGAGCUGUCGCUGCUGUGCGACGCCGAGGUCGCGCUCAUCAUAUUCUCCGGCCGCGGCCGCCUCUUCGAGUUCUCCAGCUCCUCAUGCAUGUACAAAACACUCGAGAGAUACCGCAGCUCCAACUACAGCACACAGGAAGUAAAAGCUCCACUGGAGAGUGAAAUUAACUACCAGGACUACUUGAAGUUGAGGACCAGAGUUGAUUUUCUCCAGACUACACAAAGAAACAUCCUUGGCGAAGAUCUGGGCCCACUCAGCAUGAAGGAGCUCGAGCAGCUGGAGAACCAGAUAGAGGUAUCCCUGAAGCAUAUCAGGUCAAGAAAGAAUCAGAUGCUACUCGACCAGCUCUUUGAUCUCAAAAGCAAGGAACAAGAGUUGCAGGAUCUCAACAAAGACCUAAGGAAAAAGCUGCAAGAAACAAGUCCGCAGAAUGUGAUCCACGACGUCUCCUGGGAGGAAGGCGGGCACAGUGGGAGUAGUGUUCUUGGUCCGUUCCAGGGACUCCUUCAGCACCAUGGCAAUGAUCCUUCCCUGCAGACACGCAGGCCUACAUGGACCAGCUGAACGAGGACAUGGCGGACCCUGACGAGCACGGUCGGUCUGGAUGGAUAUGAGAUGCUCCGGUCCGAUGCCCCCCAAAUAAUGUCGAUGCAUGCAUAUAGUUUCCUGCGGUAUGCGGAACUAUAUAUGUGUUGAAACUGCACCAACGAUUAGCUGCCUGAUUGUAAUGGUUACCUUAAGAACUCCAGUGUAUUGUAUUGUUGUGUGCUGUGCUGUGUUGUCAGAAGCUUGCAACUUUGUAUAUGUACAUGUAUGGUAUUCUGUUAGUUUCUUGGAGCUGCGCAAAACCGUCUUCA